AUGGCUUCUCCGUCUUCUGUGAAGACAGUAGCUCCAUCUUCGAACCUCCUUCGCUACCUCCGCUGCCAAUUCGACCACUCGCAAGUUCGUCCAAAAGUUUCCAACCCCCGGCGAUGGAGCUCAAACCAGGCUUGCCCCGGCCCGCUACAAUCCUCAUGGUCAUCACAGUCGUCUAAUGCGGUAUAUGCGACAAGAUGCCAGCCUUCGCUCGUUAAGUCGUCGUUGAUUUCAUGGUCGUCGACACUACGCCGUCGUCCUUUAUACGCCAACCGCUACCAGUUUCAGGGUACAAAUGGCGUCCGAUCAUUCAGUAUUACUACUAUAAAGUGUCGACACUUCCUACGACGACUGCUAGGAUUUUCACGGACGAACGCCAGCUCACAGUUAAAGCCGGAUGAUCUCCCCGCAACCACCUCGAAUUUUGACGACGGGAAUGAGAGUAACCCUUUCAAUGUUGGGCGCAACUUGGCCCUAAAAGUAUCGAAUGAGCCUCGGCUUCGGUGUACAGAGUUUGACGGGGUCGGGAAUGUCACUCUUGUGAAUGGGGAAUUCAAGAAGAGCGAGCUAAUCGCCAAAUAUGGACUUCUCCCUCGAGACUUGAGGAAAAUCGACUCCUCUGUUCUGCCGCACAUUCUUAUCCGCCACAGCGCAAUACUUAUCAGCCUCCUCCAUCUGAGGGUUCUCAUCAAAUCCGAUCGUGUACUUGUGUUCGAUGCCUAUGGUUCGACAGACACUUAUACCCAAUCCCUGUUCAUGUACGACCUUGAGGGGAAAUUAAGGCAGAAAGAGCCAGCUUCACGACAGGCUUGGACUUCAGGCGCUUUGCCGUAUGAGUUCCGAGCUCUUGAAGCAGUGCUUGUAAGCAUCACUAGCGGACUUGAAGCAGAAUUUGAAGGCGUUAGGGAGCCAGUUGCUAGAGUCCUUCGAGCACUUGAAGAGGAUAUCGACCGAGACAAGCUCAGGCAUCUUUUGGUUUAUUCUAAACGCCUCGGAACUUUCGAACAGAAGGCUAGACUGGUACGGGAUGCAAUUGAUGAUCUGUUAGAGGCAGAUGAUGAUCUUACAGCGAUGUACCUCUCUGAGCGAGCGAAAGAUAUACAUAGAGCUGAACAUGAUCACCAAGAAGUCGAGAUGCUUUUGGAAUCGUAUCACAAGGUCUGUGACGAGAUUGUUCAGGCGAGCGGGAAUCUGGUCACCAAUAUCAGAAACACGGAAGAAAUUGUCAAAGCGAUUCUUGACGCCAACCGCAACUCUCUCAUGUUGCUCGAACUUAAAUUCAGCAUUGGCACCCUAGGAUUAGCAGCAGGAACCCUCUUCUCAGCACUAUACGGGAUGAACCUGAAAAACUUUAUCGAAGAGUCAGACCUUGGAUUUGGUGGUGUUUCUGCUAUAUGUUUCACCUUGACUGCGUUCGUGUGCACCUACGGCCUCAUAAAACUACGCAAAGUCCAACGAGUCCGUAUGUGGGGAGAAAACGGUAUACAGGAUUCCUACAGGGGAGGCCUGGCUGUGCGGAGCUGCCCUCCGCCUGCUUCUCAGAGCAACUGGAGAUCUGAUUCCAUUGGUCCUGUUUUCCCCGGCGAGGAACGUACACAACGACUACGUCGGUUACGUGGUGCGGCUACUCCCUCGGCGGCAGCUGCUUCUCCAGCAGCAGCUGCAGCAGCAAGCAAACUAAAGAAUUCGGUCAAAUCCAAGAAAAAACAGAAUCGCACCGAGCCCGAUACCCAGGAGCCGAUACAGGAGGAAGUCAUUCAAGGCUCAUCCCUUGGCUCGGCGGCUCGCUAG